CCGGCCACACGCAGCAACACUAGAUAAACCGAACCGAACAGUCCAGAAACAAAUGGCUUCCUCUUCAUCCUUCCUUGUCCUCGCUCUUUUUGCCUUGAUUUCAUGGCAGGCCAUAGCCUCUGAUCCUAGUCCACUCCAAGACUUUUGUGUCGUGGACAAGAAUUCUCCAGUGCUUGUAAAUGGGUUUGUUUGCAAGAACCCGAUGGAUGUCAAUGCAGAUGACUUCUUCAAGGCAGCCAACCUUGACAAGCCUAGGAUGACCAACAAGGUUGGAUCCAAUGUCACCUUGAUAAACGUUAUGCAGAUCGGUGGCCUCAACACUCUAGGCAUCUCACUAGCGCGCAUUGACUAUGCACCCUUAGGUCAGAACCCACCACACACGCACCCUCGUGCCACCGAGAUUUUGACAGUGCUUGAGGGGACAUUGUAUGUUGGCUUUGUCACGUCCAAUCCGGAAAACAAGUUCCUCUCCAAGGUGCUCAACAAAGGAGACGUGUUUGUGUUCCCUGUGGGGCUGAUCCACUUCCAGUUCAAUCCCAAUCCCUACAAGCCAGCGGUUGCAAUUGCUGCGCUCAGUAGCCAGAACCCAGGGGCUAUCACCAUUGCAAACGCGGUGUUUGGAUCGAAGCCACCAAUUUCGGAUGAUGUUCUUGCCAAGGCAUUUCAGGUGGAGAAGAAUACGAUAGACUGGCUCCAGGCUCAGUUCUGGGAGAACAACCACUACUAAGUCAUACCUUGCUUGAAUUCAUGGAAGAUAUACAUUUGCAGUGUGCAAAUGGCUAGCUUUAGUUUCUACCUAUAUGUGCAAUCUUAAGUUGCAUUUAGAAAGUUUACAUAUGACAUGGUAGUGUGUGUGUCUGUGAGUAUGAAUGUAUUUCCUCCUUUUGAAUAAUUGAUACUAUUGGUUUUUGUCA